AAUUGUGUUUAGCAGACGAACUUCGGUUUACAUAUAUAAAUAUAUGCGUCAAAGAAAUUGAUUGUUUACAUUGUUUUAUCAUGAUUUUUGGGCAAGUGAUCAUCGGUCCACCUGGCAGUGGGAAAACAACGUAUUGUAAGGCUAUAUUUGAUCUUCUUGAGGCUCUUGGUAGGAAGGUAGCCAUUGUAAAUUUGGACCCGGCAAAUGAGUUGUUGCCUUACACAUGUUCUGUCAACAUAAAUGAACUGAUAAAACUUGAAGAGGUGAUGGAACGAUUAAAACUUGGACCAAAUGGUGGUCUUCUAUAUUGUAUGGAGUAUCUUGAUAAAAACUCAAAGUGGCUUUUAAAUAAAAUUGAAGAAUUAAAAGAUAAAUAUCUGAUAUUUGAUUGUCCUGGUCAAGUGGAACUCUAUACUCAUUUACCAGCCAUAAAAAAUGUAAUUACUCUUCUGUCAAAGAAUAUUCGAUUGGCCGCAGUUAAUCUUAUAGACUCUCAUCAUUGUUCAGAACCAGGAAAGUUCAUUUCAGCCUUAUGCAUGUCUCUAUCAUCAAUGCUACAUUUUGAAUUACCCCACAUCAAUGUAUUAAGUAAAGCAGACUUAGCGAAGAAGGCUAACUUGUCAUUUAGACUAGAUUUCUACGCCGAUGUCCUAGAUCUCUCUUACUUAUUGGAACAAGCGGAAGAAGCCGAAAGUUUUAAGAAAUAUAAUAAAUUAAAUAAAGUUCUCGCGGGUAUAGUAGAAGACUACAGUCUAGUAUCCUUUAUACCUCUUGAUGUAACGAUGAAAGAGAGCUGCCUCAGAGUAGUUAGAGGAGUUGAUAAAGCGAACGGCUAUAUUUUCGGAGCUGAAGAGGAAUCAAAUAUUCAGACUAUGUUGUCUUGCGCAGUAAAAGCUGAAUGGCAAGACGAUUUGUACGGUAUGAUACAGGAAAGAUAUCUAGAUGAAAGAACUUCCGAUAAUGAUGAAUUCGAUGAUAAUAUUUAG